CAAGUCUAAAGUCUUCAGCAUAAUUUGUACAAAGUUUGAUAAAAAAAACCCGAAACCAUAUAAACAAAUCAUUAAAAAUGGCAUUUCUUACACAUCAACUAUUAACAACAAAUAAAUGGUUAAUAACAUUCACAGUUCUUUGCGCCCUAAUCAAAUUUACCCAAGCCGACAAUUGUUUUCCAUCACGUUCUAUAUACUGUUACGAGUGUGAUUCCUGGACUGAUGCUAGAUGUAAGGAUCCCUUUAACUAUACGGCAUUGCCAAGAGAUCAACCACCCUUGAAGAAAUGUUAUGGUUGCUGUGUUAAAAUGGUGCGACACUCAAAAUCACUUUAUGAAGUUGUUCGGCGUAUGUGUACGUCACAAUUACAAAUAAAUUUAUUUAUGGUCGAUCAUGUGUGCAUGAUGGAAAGUUCAGGCAAUGGACAUAUGUGCUUUUGUGAGGAAGAUAUGUGCAAUUCUAGUAAAAAUUUAUACACUUCAUCCAACAUACCAUACAUAGUAGUUACAUUACUAACCAUAUUGGUAGUGCUAAAUACACGUCUAUUACAUUCAAUAUCUGCAUCUGCAUCUUCAUCAGCAUCUUCUACUAUAACAUCUAUUUUGAAUUCUGUAACAUUUAGAUAAAUACUCGAAUCUUUCACUUACAUAGACAAACAACACACACACACACACAGUUACACACUCAUAGAUAUUAUCUACUUUUACUUUAUCUCAUAUAUAUUUAAAACAAAAAAAAAACUAUUUCGUCUCGUAUUUCGUAGAGUUUGUAUUGCUACUAAAGACAUGUUUGAAACAACAACAAAACAAAACUUUACUACUCUUUGAUUUUUAAUAUAAUUUAAUUAUUACAAUUACUUUUUGUUAUGUAAAACUUUUUCUAUAUUUAAUAUUAAAUUUCUUAAUUUUUUAAGUAGCCAUUGUUCUCUGCUUUAAACUGAAAAUGAUUUGUAAAAGGUUGUUAUUAUAAAUUUUUAAUUUUGUUUAAUUUUAUAUUGUUAUAAUUUUAAAAGUAUUUUUUUUUUUUAAUAAAUGUAUAAAAUUUUAGUUGACAUUUUGCAAAUUCUAGUGUAGUUGUAGUAAAUUUUUAAUUAUAGUAUUUAGUUUUCUAAUUUUAUUAAAAUAAUAUAUAUAACAUUUACAAAUUUAAAGAGAAAUAUCAAAUUGUUUAGUUUGGGAACUAGCCAGAUUUGACGGUUUAACAGUAAUCCGUGUGCAUAAUCAAAUUCUUCCUUAAAGCUGUAGAUCUAAGGAGUACUAGAACAAACCAAAUAUUAAAAAAGUCAAAGUGCUAUAUAGUUAUUAUUUCUAGGAUUUUAUAAAUCUAUUGCAGUUAAUGAAAACAUUUUCCAACUCUGACUUUUUUCGACUUAUUAACAAAGUCAACUUUUCUACAAGGUCAAUUUUUCGAUUUUUUUUUUUAACAUAAAGGUAGUAUUCAACUAUUUUCGACUAAAAGUCCAUUUAUUAUAAGAAUCUGUUUCAUCAAACAAUCGACUUUUUGUUGAAAAAAAGUCGACUACUUUUUGCCCUUUUAAAGUCGAUCUUACAAUACAAUAGAUUUGAAACUUGACUUGACUAUUUUGUGAACUAGUCUUUGUACUAGCCUAUUGACUAGUCUGAGGACUAGAAUCUGGACUACCCUGUGGAGUAGUCUAUUGAAAAGGGUGUGGAAAAGUCUAUUAACUAGUCUGUGGUAAAGUCUAUUGAAUAGUCUGUGGACUAGACUGGAAAAGUCUCUAGAUUCUGGCCUAAUCUAUGAACUAGACUUUGAAGUAGUCUAUUGAAUAGUGUGUGGAGAAGCUUAUUAACAAGUCUGUAGAGAAGUCUAUGGAAUGGUCUGCGGAGUAGUCUAUAGAAUGGACUGUGGAGUACUCUAUUAACAAGUCUGAGUAGUUGUCUGACUAUAGAUUAGACUGUGGACUAGAUUCUGGCCUACUAGCCUGUGGAGAACUCUAUGAAAUAGUAUACAGAGUAGUCUAGAGAAUAGUCUGAGUAGUUUUCUGACUAUAGACUAGUUAGUGGACUAGAUUCUGGCCUACUCUGUGGAGUAGUCUGUGGAGAACUCUAUGAAAUAGUAUACGGAGUAGUCUAGAGAAUAGUCUGAGUAGUUUUCUGACUAUAGACUAGUUAGUGGAAUAGAUUCUGGCCUACUCUGUGGAGUUGUCUGUGGAGAAGUAUAUAAAUUAGUAUACGGAGUAGUCUUUAGAAUAGUCUACGGAGUAGUAUAUAGAAUAGUCUGCGGAGUAGUCUAUAGAAUAGUCUGCGGAGUACUCUAUUAACUAAUCUAAGUAGUUUACUGAUUACAGACUAGUUUGUGGACUAGAAUCUGGACUAUUGAGUAGUGUGUGGAGUAGUUUAUUGACUAGUAUGUGGAGUAGUCUACUCUAUUAACUAGUCUUAGUAGUUUACUGACUGUAGACUAGUCUAUUGACUAGUUUCUGGACUAGAUCCUGUACUACUCUGUGGAGUAGUCUAUUGACAAGUCUGUGAAGUUGUCCUUUGAAUAGUCUGUAGAGAAGAUUAUUAAAUAGUCUGUGAAAAGCUCUAUUGACUGAUCUGCGGAGUAGUCCAUUGAGUAGUCUGUGGAAUAGUCUAUAGGCUAGUCUGUAGAGCAGUCUAUAGACUAACCUGUGGAGUAGUCUAUUGAGUAGUCUGUGGACUAGUCUAUAGGCUAGUCUAUAGAGCAUUCUAUAGACUAACCUGUGGAGUAGUCUAUAGACUAGUUUAUUCAAAAGUCUAUUGAGUAGUCUGUGGAGAAGUCCACUGACUAGUCUGUGGAGAUGUCUAUUAACUAGUCUGUGGAGAAGUAUAUUAAAUAGUCUUUUAAGAAGUCUAUAGACUAGUCUAUUGACUAGCCUGUGAAACAGUCUAUAGCCUAGCCUGUGAAGUACUCUAUUAUAGACUAGUAUAUCAAAAAGUCCAUUGAGUAGUCUGUGGACUAACCUAUUGACUAGUCCCUUAAUUAGUAUGACUACAAAACAUUUUCUAACGAAGCAAAAUACUGAAUAACUCCACUUUAGAUCGGAAUAGGAUUCUAUGACAGGGAUACUCACAGCAAUGAGUUCAACAACCUUCCUUUGAAGCAUUGAAAUUUGUUUCUAAAAAAUGUCGGCUUUUAGUAAACAUCCAUGCGGAGUAGAUAUGGGUUCUGUCAAAAAUCAGGAUCCAAGGAUUUUAUUUAAAAUUUUCGACUUAUUUUUUAUUUGAAAACAAUAAACUUUCUACAUAAAGCACUUUGAUUUAUAAAAAAAAUAUAUAUUGAAAUAUUUUUCUUCAAAAUGGCGGCUUACCACAAUAACACAGUAUCAUUAAGAUUUUUGAUUCAAAAUAUUAAUAAAAUUAUGAUUAUAUUUCUAAAUUUAUUUCAAAACUUAUGUUUAAAACUUGUUUGAAAAAAACACCAAAAACUUCUAUAAAAAGAAGCCAAUAAUUGGGCUAGUCCAAUGUCUAAAUUAAGAGCUAAACUUCGAAAUUCGAAUAAAAAUUGACUUAAAAAUGUUUAUUUAGAAAAAAUGCUUUAAAAGUUUUUUGCAUGUAGUUAAAUUAAUUAGAUUUUAUUUUAAUAAAAAGCAUGUUUAGGAAUAGAAUUUCAGAAAAAAUAUUGUUGAUUGGUUUUUAAGGCUUUAAAAGAAAUUGUAAUAAUUGCUCAUUAGAAAAAGAAAACAUUUACACCAUUUCCAUGAUAUGGUUUUAGGAAAACUUUAUAAUUUUGUUUUAGUUUAUUUAAAUAAUUUUAAAUUUUAAACUGUUUAUUAUUUUUUGUAUUUAUCUUAAAUAGGACUGUAUUUUAAAAAGAAACAAAAUGACAUUAAAAAGGCAAAUUAUUUAUUUAAACCAACUUUGUAGUUUUUAAACAAAAGAAAUUUAUAAUUUUGUUAAAGUAGUUUAAGUAAUAAAUUUAUAAUGAUUGGCUUUAUAAAAAAACUCUGUUUUAAAUUUAAUAAAAUAAACAAAAUUUCAUAAAAUAAAUUAUAUUUUAACUAAAUUGAAUUGUUAUUUAACACUUUUUUUUAUUAUUAUUUAAGUUUGUAUUUUAUUGUUGAAAAUUUUUAUGAUAAAAAAGAAACAAAUAAAAAACAAAAAUCAUUUGAAAGAAAAUGAUUAUUUAAAACAAAUUAAAAGGAGUUUUGGGGAACUAAAAACAAUGGAAUCAAUAAAUACCAGAACUCCUCUUUAAAACAAAACUAUAUUUUAAAUAUUUCUUUAAAGCUGCUGUU